AUGGCCGAGGCUAGGGAAAAAGUGGGAAAGAAGAUAUAAAUAUAAAAUAGUAGUAUAUAACCUCUUAAAUAGCCUUUAAAUUGAUUUUAUUAUAAUAUACGUAUGUUAAUAACAGUCUUUGUUGUCAACAUUAUAUGUUCAUAGAAAGACUGUAUCAAAUACAAAAUGACAAGAAUCUUAUGUGGCUUCUUAAUGUUGCAUAAAUUGCGAAAUGGUAAUUUUGAUACAAAUGGAUGUGCAUUGUGCAUAAAUAAAGUUUAACAAUCUUCCAUCAUCUCUCAUUCUUCACGUCGUGCUGCUCAAAUACCAAUAUGUUGCUGUAUGCGUGAGGCUCACUGGCUUCAUGGUACUUAGAUCUUCAUAACACUUCGAUUUUUAGUACAUAUUAUACGUGUACAGUGCUUGUUUGACGCAGAGCAGAAAUGAGUACUCGGGUGUUAAACGAUAUUCAUAAUGAUCUAAAGCAGCUUAUAACAGCGGUUACAUCAUUUGAGGAGGAUGAAGAAGGGUUUCGCAUAUGCGAACGAUUCUGCUUGUCGAAUAUCAAGCAUCAUCGCUAUCUUUCCGUCAACAGUCACGCAACCAAGGAGGCUAUAAGUGCGUUAGUUACCAAAUUCUCCAUCCAUGGAAAAUACGAAGUUGCGAAGAAGUUUCGGGAACUGAUCGAUGCCUUCUUGUCAAGCUUCGACUUUGAGCAGCAUCCGCAAUACGACCUGCAGUGGUCAUUGCUAACGUUCUUGCUGGACUUGUCCACCGAGACUCACAAGUCUAAUUUAGACAGCUUGAGGCUCGCGCGUGGGGAGUACAGUUUCAAUUUAGCCGCUGGAAAUGAUGACAGCAACAUAGAAGAGAUAGACUGGGCGCAGUACUUGAAGGAAGGCCAGGAGAAUUUCUUUUGCGACUAUAAGAGCGAUGGCAGCGAGAGUGAAUGGUCCGAUGAGGAAGGAACUGACGAAACUGAUGUCUUGCCGAUGCAAAUAGCUAAUGCACAAUUAAAUACCGCGCAGCGAUCGCAAGCAGUCGCCGAUAACGUAAUCGAUAAAUUCUCCAGAGCGUUAGUGCAAAGUCUCGAGUCCAGAAAGUGGCUCGCGUCGAACGUUCAAACCGAUUGGUGGAACAAUUUGGAAUGUCAAAAGUAUCCCGUUGCCAUACGAUCUUGCGAUACCAAUAUAUGUGACAUCUGGCACGGCACAAACUCGACGGCCUGGCAGAAGGUAGCCACUCUCAGCGAAUAUCAAGUCUGCAGAGAGUUACUGUGGAUGUUUCACGUUCAGACGUCAAUGGUGGUGUUUCAGGAGAGCGAACCGAAAUUCUCAAUACGUCCCAACAUAUCCAUACCGAGCUUGACAACUACAGCGUUUGAAAGCAUUCUUUCACCAUUUUGCGAGUGCUUCUCGAUGAUACAUGAUAUUCAGAAAUUUGGAGCUGAUCUGCAACCAAUUUGUAAUGAAAAAUCAGAACUUCAGAGUCCUCCUUUGACUUACGAAGCAUACAAUGCAGCAGUCAAUCAGCACUUGUAUGAAUUUCGAACUAAAGUGAUUAACGUAGAAAAAGAUGUUAUGAAGCAAGAGAAUUGCAAUACACUGCUAUCGUUAUCAGCUGAUCUCAGGAAACACCUAAAUACUAUAAGGAUACUCUACGACAUACACAAGAGAGUUGUAAUCGAUUGGAAAGCUAGUCCUAAUUGGAAAUGCGCGUCCCGACUGUUAUCGUGCUUGUACUACGAGAUGCAGAACUCUCCUAGCCGGGAGAGAGCAAACAUUUGUACAAAUUUGUAUUUAUGUAGCCUAACCGUUUAUCUUAAUGUAAUCGAUACGUGGUUGAGUGAGGGUCGAUUGGAAGACUGGAGGGAUGAGUUUAUAAUUGUGAGAUCGGAAGAUGCAUCAGGGGAAAACGACGAACAGAGUGAAAAAUUCAUAGUUCGGUUAUCUAACAAUGUCUCAACGGAUCCAGUUAUGCAAUUCUUAUUGCAAAAGGUGCAACGUAUGGGACAUAGUAUCGAGCUGCUCAUCUCCCUGGAUCGAAUCACCGAUAUAUGGAGGAUGGAUGGUGAACACAAUGACACGAGAAUUUCAUUAAACACCGAAUUUCAAGACAAAUUAUUAUCGGAAAUAUCUAAAUACAGUCCACCGAGUGAGGAGAUAGACGCAUCCACGCUGCAAACAGAUGAAAUAUUAUUACAGGAAUAUGACGCCGAUAUGGAAAAGAAUAUAGUACAACAAUUAUCAACUUCGCACAAUCCAUUUUUCAUGAAAGCUAUGGAAGACUACCUGCCCUGUGAAUUGUAUAAGAGUGAUACGGUGGAUGCUCAUACGCAGAAUACUCGGCAGCCUAAGGCAAAGCAAAAGCAAAUGUAUCAUUUAUACAAAAGGCUACAAAAGAUUAAGUAUAUUUUACCAUUGCAAAACAUUCUGGAGAAUACACUGUCCGAGAUGUUAAGUUUGCGCUACAACAGCGCUAGCAGAUUAGUAAAAAAUAUCAUGGUCGAGGAAUACAAACUACAAACGCAUCUACAGCUGUUAAGGCUCGUUUAUAUGAUGGAAGCGGGACAUGUGAUGAACAAAUUCUAUCAAAUCUUAUUUUACGAGAUUGAAAAUAAUCAAAUGUGGGCUAACUCGUACUUUUUAUCGUGUAUUCUUGAAGAAAUAUUUUCUCAGUACUGGCCAAAUACAAGUUCACGCUGGUCCGUUAUGGUUCACGGCAAUGUCAAUACUCAUCAAGUAUUACAAGCUGUGAAUAGCAUAACACUGCAUUAUGCAGUGGAGUGGCCUAUAAGCAUAAUGCUGACCAAGAAGGUCUUGGAAAAAUACAAUGAGAUAUUCAGAUUUCACUUGAAGCUGAAAUGGGCUUUAUGGACGUUAAAUAAUUUGAGAUUUUCUGAUCUAGAGGGUUCUAGGUCGCCACGUGUGAGAGAUAGAUUGGAACAAUUUCAUAUAAGGCGUCUCGAAAGUUUAAGAUUUUGGCUGCUACAUGCGAUAGGAUCUAUCCACACGUACCUGUCCGGUCAGGUGUUACAGAGUUUAGGUUUCAUCCUGGAAAAAGAUCUCGCGCAAGCCGAUAGUCUCGAUACCAUUGUAUCAGUACACAAUGAAUACUUGAACAAAGUUCACGAGCAUUGCUUGUUAACGGAGGAGUUUGAAGACAUAAUGACAACCAUAAACAAUAUGAUCGAAAUGUGUAUUCACAUACGGGACAGAUGGUCACGCAAGAAAUUAUUGUUAGCCACUGCGGAAUUGGACGUGAUGGAACACAGUUACAUAAAAUACCAUACGUACCUUGCUCUAGCUUUGCACAAUGCAAUACAGCAUAAGGAUGCAGAUUAUUUGACUGGCUUAAGCUCAGCAUUUAAUUGCAGUAUGCCCUCUGCUUAA